GGAAGCCGCGGACGCUGGAGCAAGCUUCUGAGGCGUACGGGCCGUGCAGGCAGCUGGUUGGUGCAUAGACCCCCGGCGGCGGCGGCGGCGGCGGCAGCUCCCACGUGCUUUCUCUGGAGACAUGGAACUGGAGGAGUUGGGGAUCCGAGAGGAAUGUGGCGUGUUCGGGUGCAUUAGCUCUGGAGAGUGGCCCACGCAGCUGGAUGUGCCGCAUGUGAUCGCUCUGGGACUCGUGGGGCUGCAGCACCGGGGUCAGGAGAGUGCUGGUAUUGUCACCAGUGAUGGGGAUUCAGUACCAACAUACAGAAUACACAAGGGAAUGGGUCUUAUAAAUCAUGUCUUUACUGAAGACAAUUUGAAGAAAUUAUAUACUUCAAAUCUUGGAAUUGGACACACAAGGUACGCCACUACAGGAAACUGUGAAUUAGAAAACUGUCAGCCCUUUGUUGUUGAAACACUUCAUGGGAAAAUAGCUGUGGCACAUAAUGGCGAAUUGGUCAAUGCUGCUCGAUUAAGGAAAAAGCUUCUGCGCCAUGGUAUUGGUCUGUCAACAAGUUCUGAUAGCGAAAUGAUUACCCAGUUACUGGCAUAUACCCCUCCUCAGGAACAAGAUGACACCCCAGACUGGGUAGCAAGGAUUAAAAACUUAAUGAAGGAAGCGCCCACAGCAUACUCUCUACUUAUAAUGCACAGAGAUGUUAUUUAUGCAGUACGAGAUCCUUAUGGAAAUCGUCCUCUAUGCAUUGGUCGUCUUAUUCCUGUAUCUGAUAUAAACAGUAAAGGGAAAAAAUCUUUAGAAACAGAAGGAUGGGUGGUGUCUUCAGAAUCUUGUAGCUUUUUAUCUAUUGGUGCAAGAUAUUACCGUGAAGUCUUGCCUGGAGAAAUUGUGGAAAUAUCCAGACACAAUGUUCAAACUCUUGAUAUUAUACCAAGGUCUGAAGGAAACCCAAUGGCUUUUUGUAUCUUUGAAUAUGUUUAUUUUGCUAGACCAGAUAGUAUAUUUGAGGACCAAAUGGUUUACACAGUAAGAUACCGGUGUGGUCAGCAGCUGGCAAUUGAAGCACCUGUGGAUGCAGAUUUGGUUAGCACUGUUCCAGAAUCUGCUACGCCUGCUGCUCUUGGUUACGCUGGAAAGUGUGGGCUUCCAUAUGUGGAGGUGCUAUGUAAAAAUCGGUAUGUAGGAAGAACCUUCAUUCAGCCAAACAUGAGGCUAAGACAACUUGGUGUUGCAAAAAAAUUUGGAGUAUUGUCAGACAACUUUAAAGGCAAAAGAAUUGUUCUUAUAGAUGAUUCGAUUGUGAGAGGCAAUACUAUCUCACCCAUAAUCAAAUUGCUCAAAGAAUCUGGUGCAAAAGAGGUACACAUUCGAGUAGCUUCACCACCGAUUAGAUACCCAUGUUUCAUGGGUAUAAACAUACCAACAAAAGAAGAGCUUAUUGCCAAUAAACCAGAAUUUGAACAUCUUGCCGAAUAUCUAGGAGCAAACAGUGUUGUAUACCUGUCAGUAGAAGGACUGGUUUCAUCUGUACAAGAAGGGACAAUAUUUAAAAAACAGAAAGUGAAAAAGCAAGAUAUUAUGAUUCAAGAAAAUGGGAAUGGCUUGGGAUGCUUUGAAAAGAAUGGUCAUUGUACAGCUUGUCUCACUGGAAAAUACCCUGUGGAACUGGAUUGGUAGCUGGUAGGGGUAUCUUAGAUACAACGUUUCAAGAUAUAAAAUUGGUCAAGAAGUUAUAGUGGUUACACUUUAUCCAUUUAGUGUUACUCAGCUGGUACAGUGUAAAUGCCACAUGGUUAUGUAGAAGCUUUUGGAAUUUUUUUUUCCUGAAAAAGGAACCAAAGUGCUAUGCUCUCUUUAUUAACCUAGAUAAAUAUUUUGUGUUAUCUAGGAACUUGGAUAAUCCUUUCAGUUUUAUUUAGUAGUUUAGCACUUUGAGGCUAUUCAUUAUGAGAUCGUCAACAGUAAUGUGUAGAGGAUGGGUAAAUUUUCUGUUUUAGAGGGGAUUGCCAGGUACUAUAACUUACCACAAAUUCUUACAGAAUUUUGUGGAAUGUUUCUUGAGAUUUACUAAAAUUCAUUAUGGAAUAUUUUCAUAAUUGAACCUUGCUAGUUGCAUAUAAUACAACAUUGGUAUUCUUUUUUUAUACAAGCAUCAGCUAGCUAUUUUCACCUGAGAAGGUCAGAGAAGGCAGGUGGUAAGCAGCAUUUGCCAGAUCCAUGCGUCACAGAGUUUCCAAUCACAUAAACUAGGAUGGUGUGAUACAAACAGGACAAGUUAAAUAUAACAUUUCAUGUGAAUUUUGAAUCUGUUAUACCCCAAAGGUGUCAAGACUAGAGUUCUGAUUGUAGUUAUGGCGUUGGCUUCCUGGUCUAACUUGAGACAAAUCUUUUUUUUAAUGCAUUUUUGUGCCUCACUUUUCCCCACCCGUGCAAUAGGAUACUUACAUUACUGAAUUAAAUAAUUAAUCGGAAUGUGAAUGUGUCAUAUUCUUGGUGGUUAGAGCCAUCAUUUCACACCUGUAUUUUAAGAUAGUGCGUGAUUUUUAUUUUUUGAAAUGUUGGCUAUUAGUCUGCAAUUGAGAUUUCAUUCUGAUGAAGGGAGAUAUGAAGUUUAGCAGUGCUUUGCCACCUGCCUUUGAGAUGCCCUAAGGAUUGUAAAAAUAUGUCUGUGGAAAAAGUUUUCCUGCAUUUGACUGGAAAGUGUGAUCCAUACUACUUAGUGUCUUGAUAUAGUAUAAAGCCUAGCAAGUAACUAGUACAUUUGAAGUAAAAAAUAAAUUUUUAGAUUCUAAUAAACCUUUAAUUCUUACUUGAUCACUUGCAAGUAUAUAUACACCUAUAUGUAUGUACACAUACAUAUCAUUGCAAUUAAAUGAUCAAGUAGAAAAACUGUAGGGACCAGUUUUAUUUAAGGAUCAAGGAGACAACUACUGUUUUGGAAUUAGAAUAUCUAUCCAAUUCAGCUUACCACUUUUUUCUACUUAGUUUUAUUGGGAUUAAUGAGUUUGAUUUUUUUCUUCUUCUUGUAACAUGAGAUUUAAAAUUUUAAGACAACUUGCCCCCAAUUCCUGUUUUUUGUAAGAUUUUUAAAACAUAAAAGUGUUUUGUUUCUGUGUUAUUGUUACCAUAAUUCAAUGUAUAUAGUUUCCAAAUCCAUUUGGAAAUUUAAUAUUUAUUAGUAACUGAAAUCUUUUGUCUACACAUGGUAGUUUCACAUGUUAUGAUAGGCCAAGAAAAAAUCCUGACAGCUCUUUAAGCCCAAGUACAUCCAGGCAGCAGUGGGCCAGUAACCCUGUGGCAGUGAAACAAGCAAACUGCAUUUAAAUAAAGCCCUGGGACCAUUUGAGUGUAUGGCCUCUUGUCGUAAAUGUAUUUUUCCUAGUGGUGUGAAGGAGGCAAGAUUUAGGGGUCAGUUUUGAACAGCCUUACUUACAUUUGAUUUUUAAAAACAAGAGACUCAGGGAAAGUACUAAACCAAAAUCUCUCAUUUGAUUUGUGUGUUUCCAUAGUUUUUGUUUUUCUGGUUUUUGUUUUAUUGAAAUGCUUUUAUGAUGGAAUAUGGUACUGUGACAGUUCAGUAAUUGUUCAAAUUUCUUAAUGUUUCUCCAUCAUGGCCUUUUAUUUCACAAGUUUCUGAAGUCUGAAUUACAAUUUUUUACCAAUUUAACCUGAAAUGUUUAACUACUUUAAAUUUAUAUGAGUAUUGUAAACUUCAGAGAUGAAAAAUGUUUUUUCACAGGAUCUAUAUUGUGAACUGAACUAAGCCUACUUUUUUGUGACUUCAUUGUUAUGUGUUGGUGAAAAAUAUAUGUAAUUAAGUACA